GGGCAUUGUGGGCAGCUGCGCUCCCACCGCUGCCGCUGCCGCCCCCGCUGUCGUCUGUGCCUCGCCAUGUCGGGCUCCCCAGUGAAGCGCCAGAGGAUGGAGUCCACGCUGGACCAGCUCAAGCAGUUCACCACCGUGGUGGCCGACACGGGCGAUUUCCAUGCCAUUGAUGAGUACAAGCCCCAGGAUGCCACCACCAACCCAUCCCUGAUCCUGGCUGCAGCACAGAUGCCCACCUACCAAGAGCUGGUGGAGGAGGCCAUCGCCUAUGGCAAGAAGCUGGGCGGGCCACAAGAGGACCAGAUUAAAAAUGCUAUUGAUAAACUUUUCGUGUUGUUUGGAGCAGAAAUACUAAAGAAGAUUCCGGGCCGCGUAUCCACGGAAGUAGAUGCCAGGCUGUCCUUUGACAAGGACGCAAUGGUGGCCCGAGCCAGGCGCCUCAUCGAGCUUUACAAGGAAGCAGGAAUCAGCAAGGACAGAAUUCUCAUCAAGCUAUCUUCAACCUGGGAGGGAAUUCAGGCUGGAAAGGAGCUGGAGGAGCAGCACGGCAUCCACUGCAACAUGACGCUGCUCUUCUCCUUCGCCCAGGCCGUGGCCUGUGCCGAGGCAGGUGUGACGCUCAUUUCCCCCUUUGUGGGGCGCAUCCUUGACUGGCAUGUGGCAAACACAGACAAGAAAUCCUACGAGCCCCUGGAGGACCCUGGGGUAAAGAGUGUCACCAAAAUCUACAAUUACUACAAGAAGUUUGGCUAUAAGACCAUUGUCAUGGGCGCCUCCUUCCGGAACACGGGCGAGAUCAAAGCACUGGCAGGCUGCGACUUCCUCACCAUUUCUCCCAAGCUCCUAGGGGAGCUGCUCAAGGACAGUACCAAGCUGGCUCCUGUGCUCUCGGCCAAGGCGGCCCAGGCCAGUGACUUGGAGAAGAUACACCUGGAUGAGAAGGCCUUCCGCUGGCUGCACAAUGAGGACCAGAUGGCUGUGGAGAAGCUCUCUGAUGGGAUCCGAAAGUUUGCUGCUGACGCUGUGAAGUUGGAGCAGAUGCUGACGGAACGAAUGUUCAGCGCAGAGAAUGGGAAAUAACAGCACCUGAGGUUGGACCCACAUCUGCACUGCCUUUGACUUGGGUCUAACUGCACACAGCUUGUAAUGAAUCUUGCAUUUUUCAGCAAUCAGCAGAGAUGGAUCAUAGGUUUCUGAUUUUAUGUAAAUUUUUGCCUAAUGCAUUAAAGCAGUCACUUUUCCUGUGCCGUGUUUCA